AUGAGUGAAGAGCAAGGAGACAACAGCAACAAUAGCAACAAACUCUUUAUGGAAGCUAUGAUGGCUCGGUUUGAGCAACUGAUGAAAACUCAAGCAGAAGAACUACACCAGCGAAUUGAUCAGCUACAAGGAGAACAUAAUCCGAGGAGAUUUCAAGAAAGAAAUGCCAAUGGGGUUCAUGUCCAGCAGAGACAGCCUAGAAAUGAUGUUGGUGAUGAUAAUUUUUCACAAGGCAGUCCAAGACGUGGAAGAGGAGUAAGAGAACGUGUUGAUGAGGACAUGAGAGGCAUGAAGCUGAAAGUUCCUCCUUUUCGUGGCAAGAAUGAUCCAGACGCUUAUCUGGAAUGGGAGAAGAAGGUCGAGAUGAUCUAUGAUUGUCAAGAGUAUUCAGAUCUCAAGAUGGUGAAGCUAGCUGCUACAGAGUUUUAUGGUUAUGCCAUAAACUGGUGGGAUCAGAUCACAACAAGCCGCAAACGCAGUAGAGAGCCGCCUGUUGAUACUUGGGAUGAGUUGAAAGCACUCAUGAGGAAGCGCUUUGUCCCUAGUCAUUAUCAUCGGGAGCUACACCAGAGACUUAGACGCUUGACUCAAGGAAACAGCAGUGUGGAAGAUUAUUUUCAAGAAAUGGAAUCUCUGAUGAUCAAGGCUGGUAUUGAAGAAGAUGAAGAAGCAACCAUCGCUAGGUUCUUGAGUGGGUUAAAACGAGAAGUUCAAGACAGAGUGGAGAUGCAAAGCUAUGCUGAUCUAGAGGAGAUAUAUCACAAAGCCAUUCUAGUCGAACAACAGCUCAAGAGGAGAGGAUCUCGAUCAACCUUUGGAGUUAGCUCAUCUACGGCUAAACCAAGUCUUGCUAAAGAAGAAAAACCAAGUACUGAGCCGAUGGUGCCUACUAAAUCAUUCCCUGCUAAACCAGAUUUCAAGGUGAAAACCGAAGCAACCACUACUAGAGCUCGUGAGAUAGUCUGCUUCAAGUGUCAAGGAAGAGGACACAUUGCUAGUGAAUGUCCUAACAAGAGAGUUCUGAUUCUCUUGGACAAUGGUGAGUACGAAUCAGCAGAUGAAAAAGAAAUCUCAGAUUCAGUGGAAGAGCAUGAGGAGUAUGCUGCUACAGGAGAUCUUUUGAUGAUGAAAAAGAUUCUAAACGUGCAAGCUAAGGCAGACGAGGAAGCACAAAGACAGAACCUGUUUCACACAAGAUGUCAUGUGCAAGGCAAGGUGUGCAAUCUCAUCAUCGAUGGAGGAAGCUGCACCAAUGUAGCAAGUGAAUACAUGGUUAAUAAGCUUGGCUUGACCGUGAGGAAGCAUCCUAAGCCAUACAAUCUGCAUUGGCUCAAUGAUAAAGGUGAAAUGCGAGUUAAUAGCCAAGUAUCGGUUUCUUUAACCCUUGGAAAGUAUGAGGACGAAAUUCUGUGUGAUGUUCUACCUAUGGAGGCAAGUCACAUUGAUGUGAUCCUUAGCUCCAUGCUCUGGUUCAAGCUCUCCUUUCUUGAUGCUGCUCAGUAUCACAUCAUUAGGACACAACAAUUUGCAACAAGAUGGAAUACUUACCUUUUUUCCAGCUAA